AUGGAACAAACAGAAACUAAUCCAAAGACAACGACUUCCUCUCGUUUUCGUCAGCAUUCUCGCCUGACACAAAAUUUCGUUCUUGUUUGGUUAGAUCCAAACUUGCAAGCCGAUUCGAUCGAUGAAGAACAUCGUGGUGUUGUCAAUCAAGUUGAAGCUGUCAUCAAUGCUGUACAUAUCUUUAGUGAUGUGAAUGAAUGUGCCCAAUUUCUUCGCGAGAUCAAACGCGAGAAGAUCUUCAUGAUCGUUUCUGGCCAAAUGGGUCAGCAUACGAUUCCUCAUAUACAUGAUAUAGCAAAAUUAGAUUCGAUUUACGUGUUCUGUGGCGUCAAAUCUAAGCAUGAUAAAUGGGUACAAGAAUGGCCGAAAAUCAAAGGUGUUUUCACUCAAAUCGGUCCAAUUUGUGAUUCGCUGAAGCAAACACUUCAACAUUAUGAACAAAAUUUUAUUUCAUUGAGUUUUGUCGCUCCAACAGACAUUGUUGAGCAAAACCUUGAUCAACUCGACCAAUCAUUUAUGUAUACCCAAAUUCUCAAAGAAAUUCUCCUAGAUAUUGAAUAUAACGACCAAAGUAUGAAAGAUUUCCUCGCAUUUUGCCGGAAUCAAUAUCGAAAUGACCCAAAUGAACUGGUCUUUCUCAAAGAAUUUGAGAAUACUUAUCGAAAACAUUCACCUAUUUAUUGGUAUACACAUCCAGGUUGUGUUUAUUCGGUACUUAAUCGAGCUUUGCGUACGCAUGAGAUCGAUACGAUUAUCAAAAUGGGAUUUUUUAUAGACGAUUUAUAUAAAGAAAUCGAGAAACUUUACAAACAGCAAACAGCUGGACAGGAAAAAACUUCGUUUAUUGUUUAUCGUGGACAAGGACUAUCUAAAAAAGAUUUUGAAAAGUUGUGCAAUGCAAAAGGUGGAUUAAUGUCAUUUAAUAACUUCCUUUCGACGAGUAAAAAACGUGAAAUAUCCUUGGAAUUUGCUCAGGAUGCAUUGAAUGACAUUGACUUAGUCGGUGUUCUUUUCAAAAUGGUUAUUGAUCCAUCGGAGUUAGCUACGCCGUACGUAUUAAUCAAGGAUGCUGAAUGUUAUUUUAAAAAUGAAGAAGAAGUUCUUUUCUCAAUGCAGACUGUGUUUCGUAUUGGAGAAGUCAAACAAGUUCAAAAGAAUAAUCGACUUUAUCAAGUGAUUUUAACCUUGACAAAUGGUAAAAACAAACAAUUGAGCUCUCUAACCGAGCUACUUCGUGAAGAAACCGCUGGCGCGACGGGUUGGUAUCGGCUGGGAAUGUUAUUAAUUAAAUUAGGAAAAUAUGACGAAGCGGAGCAAGUCUAUCGAACAUUGUUCGAACAGACCAAUGAAGACAAUGAAAAAGCAUUGCUUCUCCAUCAAUUCGGACUAAUUAAACGAAAUCAAGGCGAUUAUGUGAAAGCAUUGACAUUCUAUCAACAAGCUUUGGAGAUUUAUCAGAAAAUCCGACCCGAAGAUCAUAUGGAUCUCGCGACAACGUACAACAACAUUGGUCAAGUGCAUAAUAAUAUGGGUAACUAUUCCGAAGCACUUGCACACUAUAAGAAAUCAUUAAGAAUUUAUGAAAAAAUUCUACCGGAAAACCAUUCUUCCUUAGCCGUUUCGCACAACAAUAUCGGUUUAGUCUAUAAAAAUCUUGGUGAUUAUACUCAAGCGCUUAAAUCUCACGAGACAGCAUUAGAAAUUGAGCAAAAAACCUUACCGCCUAAUCAUCCAUCGUUAGCUACCUCGUAUAAAAAUAUUGGAUUAGUUUAUAAAAGUAUCGGUGAGUAUUCGAAAGCAUUAUCAUCACACGAAAAAGCAUUAGAAAUCGAACAAAAGACAUUACCAACUAACCAUCCAUCAUUAGCCAUUUCGUAUAAUAAUAUCGGUUUAUUGUACGAUAACAUGGGAGAAUAUUCCAAAGCACUUUCGUAUUAUGAGCAAACACUUGAAAUUUAUCAAAAAAUUCUUCCAUCUUAUCAUCCUGAUUUUGCCAUGUUUUUCAAUAAUAUUGGUUCCGUUUAUAAAAACAUGGGUGAAUAUACCAAAGCGUUAAGUUUCUGUGAGAAAGCAUUAGAGAUCGAAAUGAAAUCACUUCCACCCGAGCAUCCAUCUCUAGCGAUUUCCUACAGUAAUAUUGGUAUGAUCUAUGAUAAUAUGGGACAAUAUGCACAAGCGCUUACCUCUCAUGAAAAAGCAUUGGAUAUUUGCCAGAAAACUCUCUCUCCUGAACAUCCGAUGUUAGCAAUUCUGUACAAUAACAUCGGCUCUGUACAUGAUGACAUGGGCGAUCAUAAAACAGCAUUAAUUUACUACCAAAAGACGUUAGAAAUCGAACAAAAGAUUCUUCCAUCAAAUCAUCCUGACCUAGCAACAACGUAUAAUAAUAUAGGUUUAAUAUACGACCAUUUAGAUGACUCUGCUCAAGCACUUUCUUCACAUGAGAAAGCACUUGAAAUCUAUCAAAAAGCACUUCCUUCAAAUCAUCCUGACCUUGCCAAUUCUUAUAAUAGUAUCGGUUUGACUCAUCAGAAAAUGCACGAAUACCAACAAGCACUGUCAUUCUAUGAAAAAGCCUUGGAUAUUCGACAACGGAUAUUACCAUCGAAUCAUCCAGAUUUAAUUGCCUGCUACGGUAAUAUCUGUCAAGUGUAUCAAAUCAUGGGUGAACAAUCUAAAGCCUCCAUGUUUUAUGAUCGGCUUCUUCAAGCACAAGCAGAUACUGCUGGAAAAACUCCUGCGACUUUGUCAACAGUUUAUACAAAUAUUGAUCAAAUCUACGAUGGGAAGAAAAGCGUAUCAAAAUCAUCGCCUAAUUCAAGUCUUAUCGCACAACCAACUUUGUUGGAUGACAAACUAUGCCGCCUGAAAAACUUCCGACAAAAAUUAGAGAGAAUUCGACAGAAAACCAAAUCAUAA